GUAGCAACACUAGUACAUCUGACUGUCACUCCCCCUUUUAAUUCUCCAAGUUCUAGUUGCAAUAGUAGUUGUGCAGCUUGAACAUGCGAAUGGCAGUUUCUUGAAAACAAGCCCUCUUAUAGAAACCAUUAACAAGUUAUCAAUAGAAAAUUAUAUGAAGAAAUCGUCAUUGAGUUGUGGCAACUGUUGGAAACUUUGGCAAGGGUGAGGUGCGGUUUGCGUACACACACACCUGAGACGCACAUGAGAUGUCCAACACAAGGGGAAUGUGAAUCACAGUGGCAAUUCGAGCGAUACUGUACUGGGUUGCUUACUGAUGCAACAACCAGGCACAAAAUAUAAUGUGGAACAACCCUACUGAAGCGACAGGAAACUGACAACGCCGAUGACAUUUCACCAUAAUUAUUUUCAUCUGGGCUGUACAUAUGUUUAUGACAACUAGAAAAACAAUUCUUUGUGAUUUACUACCAUUAUCUACAAAUUAGUUCCGGUUUAAUAGAGACCAAGUGGUUAUCUGGUUAUCAGCUUAUCAGCAAGAUGCGGCUCUUCGGCUGGGAAUCCUGGAGAGGGUCAUUCCGUGGCCAGAGCUCAGGGAGUGACCCAGACUCAUCCCAAGAUCCUGACACUAUCGACGACACCACCAUGACCCUCGCACCAGAAAGACAAGAGCUACUCACACAGUUUCGAGAAGGAGUGGCGAAUCUCCUGCCACCAGACCAACAACACGACCACGACCUUCUACAAUGGCUUGUGGCUCGCAACUACAACCUGGAUAAGGCUGAGCAGAUGCUGAAGAAGAGUAUGGAAUGGCGUAAGGAGUGGAGCACAGACACGGUUUUGGAUUGGGACGUUCCCGAGGUGCUCCUCAAGUACUAUCCAGUUGGCAUGGCAGGGCACGAUAAGACAGGGCUUCCUGUGUGGAUCAUUCCUUACGGAGGGUGUGACAUGAGGGGCCUUUUAUCGAGUGUACGAAAGAACGAUUAUAUCAGGUACACAGUACGUGUCCUGGAGGCAUCUCGGCAAGAUAUGGCUAAGCAAACACAGAUACUGGGCUACCCCGUUACCCAACAGUGCUGUAUCUUUGACCUUGAUAACUUUUCCUUGAGACAUGUUACUUGGAAGCCUGCUAUGGAUGUGAUCCUUGAGUUAGUACAACUGUAUGAGGCCAAUUACCCUGAAUUUCUCAAAUGUGCCUAUGUCAUAAAUGCACCAAAGGUGUUUACACUAGCAUAUGCAGUGAUCAAGCCUUUCCUCCAUGAAGUUACCCUAAAAAAAAUACGAAUAUUUGGACGCAGUGGGUGGAAGGAAGCCCUGUUAAAAGAUAUUGACGCUGACCAACUUCCUCAACACUGGGGAGGCACCAACGUAGACCAUGACGGUGACCCCAAAUGUCCUUCACAGAUAUGUCUAGGAGGAGAGGUACCCAAGAAAUAUUACUUAAGCCUGAGCAAGAGCAACCUAUCUAAACUGACAGAGGACGACAAGUUGUCUACCCUCACGCUGAGCAAAGGCGGCAAGAAGAGACUCAAGUUUGACGUCAAACACUCGGGAUCCCACCUAAAGUGGGAAUUUCGGAGUGAAGAUUUUGACAUCGGUUUUGGAGUGACUCGCAAAGUAAAGAAAGGGGAGGAGGAAGUUUUGGUGCCGUUACAAAGAGUCAACUCACAGUUAGUAACCGAGGAAGGCUGCCUGGUGUGCACGGAAACUGGCACUUAUGUAGUGACCUUUGACAACGAGUUUAGCUACGUACGUUCAAAGAAAAUUUUAUACACCGUGUAUGUGACACCACCUGGUAGCCUGACAGAGGAGUGAUACCUGUCAUCACUGCUGCAAGUAUAACAGGGUACAUCAUCACAUCAGGAUACUAUGCUUUAUUAAUGUACAUCUGGUUAGUGUGUGUGGCAACCAACAUACAUUUCCAGAAUUGCUGUCCUCACAUAAAUAGCAAGUUAUUUUCAUACUGUCAUCGCACAUGUAAAAUGCCCAUGUACAGUUGACUGUACUGUCUGGUCAAAUACUUUUUUAGCCCCAAGGUAAGACCAACUCAUUUAAACUUACUACUGUACUGUAAUAUAGAAUUUCUCUAAAGCACUCUUUCAUUUUUUCUUAACAUUCAUUAAAAAUAAAUAAAAUAAAAUUAAUAAAUAAUGUAAAAUAAAAAUAAAGGUAAAGCAAAUGGAGUGACGAGUACAAUUCUGUAUUACAGUAUUUGUUACAUAAAGCCAUUAGGCAAACCUUCGGUCAUUCAUAGAUGUUAAGAAAGUGUUCUUGUUACAUAAAGGACAAAUCUUUCAGUACUUAAGGUUGAAGAUUCAUUAUAUAUAUAUAUAUAUAUAUAUAUAUAUAUAUAUAUAUAUAUAUAUAUAUAUAUAUAUAUAUAUAUAUAUAUAUAUAUAUAUAUAUAUAUAUAUAUAUAUAUAUAUAUAUAUAUAAUACUUCAUAGGUUAUCAUUGUAGUUGAAUGUGUAAGUGUCUGUGAGGGUAAAAUUUGUGCCUAGUUAUGAAUACAUGGGAAAUUGUAUAUUUAAAUUUAUCUUGUAUUGUACUUCAUGCAGCAUUAACUGUAUUGUUUCAAGUUGAUGUUGUAGUUUAAAAGUACAGUAUACUGUACAGUACUGUACUGUAUUCCUUUUGGUAACUUGUAUUAUGUUACCUGACCCCGUGUUCUGCGUGACAUGCAGACUCUUCUCCCCAAUUACUUCCGUACUCUUCACUACUGAAAAUUCAUCAGCAGUGCUUAAAUGUUUUGCUAAAGCUUACUACAAAUUUCACGAGUGUCACAAGAAAUAGGAAAUAUUAUUGUUACGUCAAGAAACUUUAUACAUAUGGAAAAGUAAAAAAAAAUGAAAAUGGAUUGUGAAAAGUGAAACUAAAAAAUAUGUGGAGGAAAUGAAAAUAAGCGAACCACCAAAUACCAUGUUGUGAAAUUGUUACUUCAGCAUCAACAGUACUUAAAGACAGCAAGUGCUAAACAGAACAGAACAACACGUCACCCAUGGGCAAUCAAGGAGAACCUGUCUCAGUACCUGAAGAUCUUAGUUUCUUUAAUUUAAUUAAUACAUCUUUAUUUAGACUAUUCUGACCAUUGUGUUGAUUGUCCUCAAGUGACAUUCUCCAGCCUCUCACAGAACUUUCAUAAUUUUGAAGUGUUUCUAAACUUUGCCUGUGUUUAAAGAUUUUGUUUUAACUUGUGAGUCUUCAUCCAUACUUCGGGAAUAUAUGAGAACUUCUAUAUCCAGUACAGUAUUGUGCCUUUGACCCCAUAUUGUAAGAGGACUCUUUGACAUAAAGGCAUCCUGUCAGUUCAAAUCCAAUUUGUAGUUUUUGCCCUGUAUUCUUUGCUAAAGUCUUUCUUUAGUACAUGUGAUACACUAAUUAGUAAGAAUUGUUAAUUUAGAACGAAUGAAAUUUAUCUUAAUUUUACAGGUUAUUUAGCAACUGUUUUACUUUUCAACAUUGAAAUUAAGAUGUUUUGACCUCUAACAGUGUUCAGGGCAUUUUAUAAGUAAAGUUUAAAUAUUAAAUUUCUACCUUUACUGAGAUGUUUGCUGGUAAACUUAGAAAUCCUGUAUUGGUCAUUAGCUUUGUAAUGGAACUUAUGAAAGGAAUCACUGGAUUAUUGUUUCUCUCAUUGUCUCUACUGCCCAUUCCAAUAUUUUAUGUUAUUUUUUACAUAUACAGUACUGUAGAUUUCUUUUAUUCUGAGUUUAUUUGACUUUGUGCUUUUGUUAUUACUGAAAGUGCAGAUACAUUGUGUUGAUAUUCAACACAAUUUUAAGCUUUUUAUCGCAUGCAGAACUAUAUGUAAACACAAGGCCAAAUUAUGUCCAUAUUUUUUCAAUUGUGAUGGAUUAUUUUGUUUAUACUGUACUAUAUCAAUGAGAUGUAUUUGAGUGUGUUACAUUAUAGUACGAGAUUUUCUUAAUUAAUUGGAAAAUUAACUAUAAUAAUAGUUAAACAAUUCAGGGAUAAAAAAAUUAGAGAUGGAACAGUAUGUUGAGCAAGGGCAGUAAGUCCCUGAUUGCAUUACAAGAAAAAUACUGUAUUUUCCAAAUAAAUACUCUGUAUCCCA